GGAGAGAAGAUGUAGAGACAGGAGGAAAACAACACUGCAGAGGAUGCCCAGCUGGUAAGAGAAGGCUGUUUGUGAUGCUUGAGUCACCUGAUGAAUCUCAUUGGCCAUGGCCAAAGGCAGCCCCACCUCUUGGCACAUGUAGGACAAGGGGGCCCGAAAGUUCUCUAUCUCAUAGCAGUUGACCUGCUUGCCUUGAGCCUUCUGGCUUUAUCUCUCUAUAUAUAUGUGCAUAUAUCUCCUAGGCAUAUGUGUGUAUAUCAUCUCUCUUUCCCUGCUUGUCUACGCCCAAGAGAGCUGGAAGAAAUGAAUGUUGACCCUUCACCGUAUCCCACCUUACCGUGCUGUCCUGAACCCUUCAUCCAGCGGUUUGUGGACACGCCUGCCCAUUUCUCCUGGAAAGAGAGUUACUACAGGUCCACCAUGUCCCAGAGUUCACAGACGAGCGAAUUCCUCAGUCCGGGGGUCUUCCAGCACAUUUGGGACUUCCUGGAUCAGCCAAUAUGCUCUGUACAACCCAUUGAUCUGAACUUCAUGGAUGAGCCAACAGCCAAUGGCACCACCAACAAGAUUGAGAUCAGCAUGAAUUGUAUCCGGAUGCAGGAUUCGGAUCUGAGUGACCCAAUGUGGCCGCAGUACACAAAUCUGGGGCUCCUGAACAGUAUGGACCAGCAGAUCCCAAAUGGUUCCUCAUCCACCAGCCCCUACAACACGGAUCAUGCCCAGAACAGUGUCACAGCUCCCUCACCUUACGCACAGCCGAGCUCCACCUUCGAUGCCUUGUCACCCUCUCCUGCCAUCCCCUCCAACACAGACUACCCGGGACCCCACAGCUUUGAUGUCUCAUUUCAGCAGUCCAGCACUGCCAAGUCAGCCACAUGGACGUAUUCUACAGAGUUGAAGAAACUAUACUGCCAGAUAGCAAAGACAUGCCCCAUCCAGAUCAAGGUGAUGACCCCUCCACCACAGGGAGCUGUAAUACGGGCAAUGCCUGUGUACAAGAAGGCUGAGCAUGUGACAGAGGUGGUCAAGCGCUGCCCCAAUCAUGAACUGAGUCGGGAAUUCAAUGAAGGACAAAUUGCCCCUCCUAGUCAUUUGAUCCGAGUAGAAGGGAACAGCCAUGCCCAGUAUGUAGAAGAUCCGAUCACAGGAAGACAGAGUGUGCUGGUACCUUAUGAGCCACCUCAGGUUGGCACGGAAUUCACAACGGUCUUAUACAAUUUCAUGUGUAACAGCAGCUGUGUUGGAGGGAUGAACCGCAGACCCAUUUUGAUCAUCGUCACACUGGAGACCAGAGAUGGGCAAGUCCUGGGCCGCCGUUGUUUUGAAGCCCGCAUUUGUGCAUGCCCAGGUCGAGACAGGAAGGCAGACGAAGAUAGCAUUCGAAAGCAGCAAGUCUCAGACAGCUCAAAGAACGGUGAUGGUACGAAGCGCCCUUUCCGACAGAAUACCCAUGGCAUCCAGAUGACUUCAAUCAAGAAACGUCGCUCCCCAGAUGAUGAGCUUUUAUACUUACCGGUUCGUGGCCGAGAGACUUAUGAAAUGUUGCUGAAGAUAAAGGAGUCCCUGGAACUCAUGCAGUACCUACCCCAGCACACCAUUGAGACCUACAGGCAACAGCAGCAACAGCAGCAUCAGCACCUACUCCAAAAACAGACCUCAAUGCAGUCACAGACAUCCUAUGGUACCAGUUCCCCACCUCUGAGCAAGAUGAACAGCAUCAACAAACUCCCUUCUGUCAGCCAGCUCAUUAACCCUCAGCAGCGCAAUGCCCUCACCCCAACAGCCAUCCCUGAUGGCAUGGGAGCCAACAUUCCAAUGAUGGGCACUCAUAUGCCAAUGGCUGGAGAUAUGAAUGGACUCAGCCCAACCCAGGCACUGCCUCCUACCCUUUCAAUGCCAUCCACGUCCCACUGCACACCACCACCUCCCUACCCCACAGACUGCAGCAUCGUCAGUUUUUUAGCAAGGUUGGGCUGCUCAUCCUGUCUGGACUAUUUCACGACCCAGGGGCUGACCACCAUCUAUCAGAUUGAGCAUUACUCCAUGGAUGAUUUGGCAAGUUUGAAGAUCCCGGAGCAGUUCCGCCAUGCCAUUUGGAAGGGGAUCCUGGACCACCGGCAGCUCCAUGACUUCUCCUCACCUCCUCACCUGUUACGGACCCCUAGUGGCUCCUCAACAGUCAGUGUGGGCUCCAGUGAGACAAGGGGUGAGCGGGUCAUUGAUGCUGUCCGCUUCACACUCCGCCAGACCAUCUCCUUCCCUCCCCGGGAUGACUGGAAUGACUUCAACUUUGACAUGGAUGCUCGUCGCAACAAGCAGCAGCGUAUCAAGGAGGAAGGGGAGUGACUGCCUAUUCUGGGGGAAGUCCCCUGCCCACUAUCUGGCCCAAACUCUCCUCCAAGUCUCCCCACCCCCAAUGCAGUACUGGAUCUCCAAGUGCUCCCUUAGACCAGCCUCUUCUCCCCUCUCUAGUCAGUUUGACCUUCUCUUCAUGAGAAGAAGAAAGCCAUUACUUGCUUUAUUAUGGUAGUUACCUCUACCCAGCCUUUGGGUCUUCAAUUGUUCCAGCUUCCAUACCUCCAUUCUCUGGCCAUCACAGGAAGCAGUGGUAUGGGAAAAAGGGUACUUUUGUUGUUGCUUUUUGGUUCUUGGGAUAUUUUUCCUCGACCCUUUUGGCAAAGAUGAUCUUUUUUUUUUCCUUAUAUACUAUCCUUGGUUGGAAUUGAAUCUUUGAUUCAAGAUGCUAUAUAAAUACAUAGUAUGUUAUAUAUAUGUAUAUAUAUAUAUAUUGGGGUGGGGGAAGGAGAUGUGGUCUUAAUUUAAAGGAAAGGAAAACGAGUUGCACUUAAGGAAUGAUUUUUGAUCUUUUCUUUUUCUUUUUCCUUCCUUUGAGAUGGCUCUUAUCCAUCCUCAACAUCAGAAUGAUAACGUGAGUGAGCCGCUGACACAUAAACCCUAGUUGCUUCCCUACAUGGCUUAAUGCCCUUCAGGCCCUGAGAGGAUCCUCAUGUUGGGCCCACUUCUACAUGUUGAGAUCACACAGCUGAUGGGGCAUCCAUGAACCUAUCAACUUCCCCUACCCCUGGCAGCCACAUGACUUGGCAACCUUUGUUUGGCUCAUACUCUGUCCACUUCCAAGAAGAAUGGCACUUGCUUGGGGCAAAACUGUCCUGAGGCUUAUAGGGAACCUCUUUAGGCAAAUUCAAGUUAUUUCCCAUAAAGGAGAAAAUGUUUUUAAGUGCCUUGAGGAAACAAGCUUAUGUCUCUGAUGGGGCCCAACAUGGCCGGGUAUAUUCCUCAUUCAUGCCUAGGUUGGCACUCAUUUUGGCUCACAUCAUUUCCAUGUAGGACACCUACCUACCACCCAGUCCCCUAUUGCCUCCAUCUCAGACUAGUAGGGACAGGGCUAGGCCAUUCCAUUCCCCAGAUCCCAGAAAUCUGAUUUUCACCUCAGGCUGCACAGAUGUGCUUUUUUUCUUGCUGUUCAUCAACAAAGUAUUUGUUUAAAAAAAAUCAGCUCUAACAGUUGUCCUGUAAUUGGCUGUUGAGAAGCUUCAGUUUUCCCAGAUGCUGCAUCUGUUUCACCCCCCGACCCCAGGUUUUACUACCUGAUCACUCCAUAUAACAUUCUCUCAAGCCUUUCUCGAGCAUGUUUGGGUGGAAUCCUUUUAAAGGAGCCCAGAAGAGCACCCUGGGAUGGACCAAUCCUGUUGAGUAUCUGUUAGACCAGAAACCUAACUCAGAGCAAUCCCUUCAAAAGACAGCAUCCUAUCAUUCUCCUUAGGAACAUUCUAGGCCUGCUUACAACCUAGGUGGUAAAUAGAAAUUGGGAUUCUUUAGUUCAAUGUUCCGGAACCCUUCUGAUCAGGAACAAUGCAUGCCCAGGCCCACUGAAACUUGCUCUUCACACUAUCUGCCCUGGGCUUCUCUUGACACAAAAUGGUCUACUUUUCUUGACUUCAUAACAAUCCAUUUUGUCCAUGAGGGUGGCUUCAAAUUUUCCCCUGGCUUUAAGUUAGCCAAAGUUGACAUGCUUCUUGAAGGUGUUGAGCAACGACUAAACUCUCCCACUCUCUGGUGAGUUUCUUCCAACAGAGAAGCUAGAUAUUGGCCUGGGGGGAACCCAGCAGGACUCCCCUCUGCCAGGUGAGAUGAGGCUCUGUCCCCCCUGAACCCCCAAACCAUUUCAGAAGUGCUGUCUUUGGCACUCCAUUUUAUUGGGAAAGAUGACCUUAAGAAACCCAUCUUUCUCUAUUACUUUCAGUCAGCAUUAGAUUUCUCUUUGCUGUGCAUUCCUCUUGGCUUUCAAUCAAGCUGUCCCUGCACAUUAAACUGCCUAAAAGAAAGAGGAAAAAGUCCAAGCAGGGGCUCCUGAGACCCCAAACACAAGAAGAGGUUUGUGUAUAAAGUGUAUAUACUUUUGUGUGCUUGCAGAAAAAUGUAUGUUUUUGUAUUUGGGUUUUUUUGUAUUUGUAUUUUUUCAUCUCGGGAUAGCGGACCUUCCAGAACCACAGAUUAACCCUCUUUUUAAAAUUAUUUUUGUGAAAAGGCCAUGGAGACCUUGACCCACCUAAUGCUGGAGUUGGGCAGCUCCAGGUCCUUUGGUACCUGAUGUGAAGUGGCUGGCCAUAGGCAGAGGAUGAUCGCCAGAGGGAUUUUCCCACAUCAGGGAGAGUGAGUCCUAGAUUUCAAGGCUGGGCUAUGCUCCAUAGAGCACUAUGGCCCCAAAUGAAUGGGUCUGAAAACAUUAAACCAAGUCAUCACUUAGUACCUUUGGGGAAGAGAAAUGACUUCCUUCACAGCCCCGAGUGUUGGCCCCUAUCACAAAAUACUUCUUACUUUUAAAUCCCAGAAUUACUCUCAUGUUGACCAAAGAACUUGGCUUCAUGGGCAGAACCCAGGAGCCAAUCCAGAGAUCCUUACCCAUUCCUCAGAUCUUGGGCUUGGCAUUGACCCAGGCUAGGCUCAGAUACCUGAGGUUGAGGUAUAUUUGUGUGUAUAUUCAGAAUCAUUGGGGGGGGGGGUAAAGUAGGGACAGGGUACUGGGUGGGGGAGGGAAAUCUUCAUACACCCAGGAACUGAAGAAAACUUGGGUUGGUCCAGCCCUUCCAAGGAAGGAUUCCAACUAGAGCAAAGGGUUUUCUUUGGUGCUGGGAUUGUGGGUGGAUCAUUAAUUUCAUCUUAUUCUGCAGAUUCAUUUAUGUAUUAGUCUCUCAAUGUCUUCUCAUCCCCCCUGGUUUCUGAGCAGCUCAAGAGGGAGAAGGACUAAGAGCCCUAUAGCAGUAAUCAUUAGGAUUUGUUCAACUUUUGUUUUUAUUCAUUUUUGUAUUUUUGUGUUGUUUGUUGUAAAAAAAACCAAGUUUCAAAUGUCUCAUCUUUUUUAUACAAUUUUUAAUGUUUUUUGGAAGAAAAAGAAACUACUGAUGAAUGAGGUAUUGGAUUUUUUUUAAGUUCAUAUAUGUAUAUAUUUUUUUUUUCCCAAAAUUCUUUCUUGUGUGUGCUCAGGGUGAGCAAGUGCGAGAAGCUACGGUUGCCCAUCAGGACAUGCUAUCAAUAAAAUCAUGCAUUGAACAUGGA